AUGAAUACAAUAACCCAAAGCUGUGUCCUAUUAUUGUGGAUGCAUACGUUGACCUUUGUGAAAUGUCAAGACUGUACACUUGAAGAUUUUCAGAAUGGACCCCUGUACGAUUCAAAUUUUGACACAACGAAUAUGGAAAACAAAUACCAAAGUGGGCAGCAAGUGAGAGUGGGCUGCACUGUUGGGCACAGUGGAUUUUUCAGACUCAUCUGUGCUGAUGGAACAUGGCAGUCUCGUGGUACCAAAUGUCAACCAAAACCGUGUGGUCAUCCUGGUGAAGCCCAGUUUGCAAAUUUCCAUUUGGAGCAAGGCAAUGAUUUCGUCUUUGGCUCACAAGUCAAAUAUACUUGCCACCAAGGUUAUCAAAUGGUCAGUCGGAUUGACUACCGACGCUGCAUGGCAGAAGGGUGGAGUGGUACGAUUCCAGUCUGUGAAGCAAUACAAUGCCCUUUCAUCUUCGUGGAUGACAAUGUUGAUGUGGUCGGAGACCUGGAAGAAGCUAACUUUGGCAACGUGGUUCGUUUUAGUUGCAAGAAUAGUUUUGAAAUCCUAACUGGUUCAACAGAGAUGUUGUGUGAUGAAAAUGGAGAGUGGACUGGUCGUCCUCCAAAAUGUGAAGCGGUGAAAUGCACAGUGCCAUUGAUUGAAAAUGGUUUCGUGCCUGGGAAAGUCAAAGAGUACAAAGAACACGAGAUAUUGUCUUAUCAAUGUAAUCCAAACUACAAGCGAGCUGAGCACAGGCCUUCAUCAUGCGAAAAACUUGGGAUCAGAGCAGAGUGGAGCCCCACGCCUGCAUGUGAAUUGAUAAAAUGUAAAGUAUCACUGCCAGCCAUUAGAGGAACCAGCUACGAACCUGCUUACACGUCCUCAUUUUCACCUGGUGACACAUUAACUGUCACAUGUGGAGAGAGUUACUACAUUUCAACUGUCCAGCAGACCUCAGCAGUGUCAACAUGCAAAGAUGAUGGAAAAUGGACCAUUAGACCAAUAUGUCUUGAGGUUACAUGCAGUAACCAAAGAGACCCAAGUGUAUAUCGAUGGGAUAUCUAUUGGGGGCAGAGAGUAAAAUUGGGUACAUCUGCAAACUUUUACUGUAGGCAAGGAUACAGGAGAACAAAUGGCUUGUCACAGGUCACAUGCACAAGAGAUGGAUGGAUACCAAAUCCACCCUGCCAAGAAAUAACAUGUGACAGUAAGGAUAUCCACAGUGCAACCAUUGCUAAUAAUGGCAAGCAAAUAUACAAAAAUUACGAAACAGCCUACUUUACCUGUAAAGAUUCUCGUGAACAGUUUGCGCUAACUUGCACAGAUAAUGGUUGGCACGGAACAGUAUAUUGCCCAGGACACCAAUGUAAACGACUUGACCUCAGCAAUGCAGAAAUUGUCCGCAAUAACAGGCCCUAUUACGACGAGGGUGACCGUGUCCGAUAUGCAUGUUUGAAUGAUGCUGAUAGACAAUUCAGUGUUACUUGUGAAUUUGGUGGCUGGACUGGAAUUCAGAACUGUUCAGCAUGUCUACAACCUGAUGUGCUUCAUGGCUUUGCUGUUGGUCCAGUACAUGACACACUCUACUACACGUGCAAUGAAGGUUACAAGCUGCCCAGUAAUGGGUGGUGGGGUGAAGCGAAAUGCUUUGAUGGUCUGUGGUCUGGACUGGAACAAUGCAUUGAAACAAAUAAGUGUGGGGAAACACCUUUGAUUGCAAAUGCAAAAAUCAAACACCAUAAGAAUCCAAAUGGACAUGAUGAGAGCCUCCAGAUUAUUUGCAACGAUGGAUACCAAAGCCAGAUUAACUACAUAUUGUGCGUGGGAGGAAAUUGGGAUUUGAAUGGAUUAUCCUCCAACACUAUCUGCACACUCAAUUCUGUGACGUGCAGUCCGCCUUCUAAGAUUGAGAAUGCCCUCAUUACAACUUCAUAUCAGAGAGAAUACAUGUAUGGCUCAAAGGUAACUUUCAAGUGCCGGGAGAACUAUAUGGUGGAAGGAAAAGAUACAAUCACAUGUCAAAAUGGCAAAUGGGACAUGGUGGACAUUAAGUGUAUACCAUACUGCUCUAAGCCCAAAAAUGUGGAAAGACUCAUGACCUUCACUGACAACAAAGAAAAAUACAUUAAUAAUGAGGUCAUUGAGUAUCGCUGUAUUCAACCAAGUGAAAAAACCGAUGGUUCUGCAACAUGUGUAAAUGGCACUUGGAGUCAACCAAUUCAAUGUGGAGUGAAGCCAUGUCCACUUCCCGAAAACACUCCAAAUGGCUACUAUCAAAUUAUCCAGGGUGACGAUUUGGUUUUCGGGGCAACUAUAAAAUACUUUUGCAAUGUGGGCUAUCAAAUGAUAAGUCAAACUGAUACCAGGACGUGUUUGCUGGACAAAUGGACCAACCAUGUGCCAAUCUGUGAACCUAUGACAUGUGAGACACCACCUGCAGUGGGAGGGAUCACAAUUACAGGUUUACCACAAAAUGAAGAGGGCAUCCUUCCCGACCGCUUCCUAAAAUUCAGCUGUGAUGUUCCCGGGAAGCAACUGCAUGGCAGCUCAUUGCUCAUAUGCGGUCAAGAUGGACUUUGGGAUAAACCAUUCCCUUCAUGUGAAGACAUUGCUUGUAAAGUUGGAGAGAUACACCCUCGUCUCGAUGUAGAUGAACUGCCACCAGGCAAUCAAACAAUACGAAUUGGACACAAAUUAAGGUUUCGCUGCAGUAAUGGAUAUGCUUUGGAUGGUUCCGAAGAAAGCGAAUGCCUACCGACCGGAGAGUGGGAGAACCCCUUCCCGACUUGCACGGAACCAUGCCAAGUCAGAGACAUACCUGCUGGUGUACACUUGAGCACAAAACUACACAACACACAAGUACAACAAGGCCAAAAGUUGAAGUUUUCUUGCCGCUUGCGUGGACAUAUGAUUCGAGGGAAGGCAGAGGUUGAAUGUCUACCGAAUGGGCAAUGGAGCGAUCCUUUCCCAACAUGUGGAGCUCCUUUGGAAUGUGAGCGUCCACCUUAUCUUGCUGGUGGGGACACCAAGUAUUCCACCAAAUACACUUACAGACAUGACGAAAAGGUUGAGUAUAUUUGCCAGAAUUACUACGUAAUGGAAGGGCAACCUUACAAGACCUGCAAGAAUGGUCAGUGGAUUGGAGAGAUGAAAUGCCUCAAGCCCUGCACUGUGAAUAGAGAACUAAUGAGCACGCACAACAUUUUAUUCAGAUACACGCGUGAUGAUAAGUUGUACUCGGCUCAUGAUGAUGAAAUCGAGUUCAGGUGCGCCCAAAGAACAAGACAUGAUGGCGCACUCAGUAUGCGGCAGAAGUGCAUUGAUGGAGUAAUGGAACUGCCCACAUGCCAAUAG